AUGCCCGAAUUAAAACCUGAAGAAGGAACGCUGAUCCAGAGCGCCACGACGACUUCCGGUGACGUCACUUCCGUCUACAAGCGCCGUUGGUACAUCGUCCUUGUAUUCUCCAUUGGAACCUUUAUACAGGCGUGUGCUUGGAACAGCUGGGGUCCAAUAACGGCGUCUGCUGAGGCGGUGUUCGGUUGGCAUGACAGCCAGAUCGGAAUGCUGGCUAACGAUGCCAAUAUCGGGUACAUGGUCACCGUCCUUCUCUUCUGCUACUUCAUGGAUGUUAAAGGUUUACGAGUUUCGACUCUGAUUUGCGCGGUGCUGCUGUUUGUCGGUUCCGCGAUGCGAUGUAUCACGAUGGAACCCACUAUAAUGACAGUGUGUUCCCAUAUAGCAUCGGUUCUUUUCGGCAUAGGCAGUACGGUACUGUUCGCUGGUCCCCCGAAGUUGUCAUCCGUCUGGUUCCCGCCCAACCAACGUACUUUCGCCACCGCCAUUGUUUCCUUCGCCAACUACUUUGGCGUCGCCAUGGGUUUCAUUAUUGUUUGUGUCAACAAAAGUGAUCUCAUCGUCGAAAUCCGUCAACUAAUGUUUGUACACGCGGGUAUCGCAGCACUCUUUCUAGUUAUGGUGAUCGUCUAUUUCCCGGACAAGCCUCCAAAACCACCAAGUAACACCGCCUCAAUGGAGCGGACCGAGUGGCUCAAGGGAAUCGGCAUGUUAGCUAAGAACUCUGCUUUCUGGCUGGUUGUGGUUGCUAGUAUGAUUUCGAAUGGGGUACUCGGCCAAUGGGUCACUGUUCUCUACAUCAACCUGAAGGAAUACGGAAUCACGCAGAACCAAGCUGGCUACAUGGGGUUCUGGCAGACCAUAGUCGGGUGUACGGCCGGACUUGUCAUCGCAUGGUUCUCUGACAUGUUCAUGCGGCGAAUGAAGUUGAUCUUGCUGGUCCUUUUUCUUGCUGGCACCCUCGCUAUCUUCUGGUUUACAGCCAUCUGUGCGAAAUACAUACCAUUCGAUAUCACAUCUCUGUACACAUCAUGUAUCCUUAUCGGCGUGUUUAUAAACGGUGGCGUCCCUUUGUUCUACGAGAUCACGUGCGAGGCGUCCUACCCGGUGGCGGAAGGCGUCACUAGCGGUGUCAUGACGCUUGUCAACGGCAUUUUCGGCAUUCUCUUUCUCUUCAUCAUGUAUAUUAAAGAUGUAGGAACUCACUGGAUGAAUUGGGCUCUGCUCGGGUCCCAUAUGGCCGCGUUGCCGCUCCUUGCACUGUUCCCCGAACGCUACCGUCGUACUGACCUUGAUCUUAUUGUUGUUGACAAGCAUUCUACUAACGUUUCGAGGGAUGUGCAGGCUGACAGGUGACAUGCAGAAGGACCCAAAAUGGGGCUCAGAUCAUAGGUGUCGAGUAUUCUGGUGCAUGUUUUUUCGCAAGAUACAAGAAUCAUUAUUUAAAGUCGAGUAUAUGCUAACAAGAAACAUUAGCUCAAUCAGCUAUUUUCCGACAGGAACAUAUAUAUGUGUUAACUGUCUCAGUAAGGAAUGACCAAGACUUUCAUCUAUGGCUGAAAUGUUUCAUUGUUGUGCAAUAAACGUGUUCUAAUAAAAAGUAUCAUCAGUUUUUAUACUGAACAUAAUACUGCACGAACAUAUGCUAUAGGGCUCUUCCACGAUAUCUAUGUUCUUAAAGGACUUCUAUGUUAAC